UUUCAUACUUUUCUGGGUGAAAACAAAACAAACAAACAAACUGCAAAAAUCAUUCAACGGGAGGAUUAUCAUUUCAUCAAUGGGCACCGUCAUCGACUCCCAUUUCUUGGCACUCACAGCCAUCGUCACCUUUGGUUAUCAGUUGUUGUUCUUCAUAGUCACAGCACUUCUCAAAUUCGAUAAAGUCACUGACUUCGCUGGAAGCACAAAUUUUGUCAUACUCUCUCUAUUAACGUUGAUACUAAAAGGAUCAUGGCAUUUUAGGCAGGUGGUUCUGAGCUUUCUUGUAGUAGUAUGGGGUCUUCGCCUUGGAUUGUUUCUGUUGAUGAGGAUCUUGAAUUGGGGAGAAGAUCGGCGUUUUGAUGAGAUGCGUGAUAAUUUGGGAAAAUUGGCGGUUUUCUGGAUCUUUCAGGCUAUAUGGGUUUGGACCGUAAGUUUACCUGUGACAGUUGUUAAUGCAAGUGACUCAGAUCCAGGUCUUCAAGCUCAGGACAUAAUCGGGUGGAUAAUGUGGUCUGUGGGUAUCGUAAUUGAAGCCACUGCUGACCAGCAAAAAUUGAUGUUUAAGAAUUCUCCAGGAAAUAGGGGAAAAUGGUGUGAUGCUGGACUAUGGGGGUACACACGUCAUCCGAACUACUUCGGUGAGAUUUUUCUUUGGUGGGGAAUCUUUGUGGCCUCCACACCUGUAUUGGAAGGUGCUGAAUGGCUUGUUGUACUUGGGCCAUUAUUUCUAACAUUGUUGCUUCUUUUUGUCAGUGGGAUACCGCUUCUUGAGGAAUCUGGAGAUAAGAAGUAUGGAAACGUGGCUGGAUAUCGACAUUAUAAAAGGACAACAAGUCCUCUCAUUCCGCUGCCUCCAAUGGUGUAUGGAAAGUUGCCCUCGUGGUUCAAAGUAGCUUUCUUGUUUGAGUUACCUUUAUACAACCGGAAUCUUCCUAAAGAAGAAGCCUUGGGCUGGGAUAGAAGUGCAGGAAGCAGUGCAUCAAAACUGGGCUGACUGUAAAUAAUAUUUACAGCUUUCCUUCUAUAAGUAUAUCUUAUUGUUUGUAUUCUUGAUAACCCUCUGUAAUACCCAAUUUAUAACCAGCUUUUAUAGCACCCCCACCCUUUAUUGAAAUGUACAAUCAGAACACUUGAUAUUCUCUGUUGA